UGCCCGCGCCGGCGGGUAAUCCCGAGUAGGCUGUGGGACCCAGCCCGACCUAAGCUUCGAAGCCGCCGGGCAUGUGGCCUCGGUGCCCAGACCAGCCAGGGCUACUCUCCGCUGGGAGGCGGGACCUGGACGCCGGGUGUCCUUAAGAAUGGACUCAGUGUCUCUUUGCCAGAUUCCUUAUUGCUGUAUCCCAUGAGCCUACCUGACCUUGAGGAAGAGCCGUGUUUAAUGAUGACAAGCCUGUCUCCCGUGUAGUGACAAAAAGGAGGAGGACCACAAGGAAAGACGGAUUUAGAUUUCUACUCAGCAAGGAAGCGAGCUCUGUCAGCAACCUCUCUGGAUUACCCUUCCCAAGAUGAACCGAUAUACAACCAUGAGGCAGCUGGGGGACGGCACGUACGGGAGUGUGCUUAUGGGCAAGAGCAAUGAGUCUGGGGAGCUGGUGGCAAUCAAGAGGAUGAAGAGAAAGUUCUAUUCUUGGGAUGAGUGUAUGAACUUGCGAGAAGUUAAGUCCCUGAAGAAACUCAAUCAUGCCAAUGUGAUUAAACUAAAAGAAGUUAUCAGAGAAAAUGACCAUCUUUAUUUUAUAUUUGAAUAUAUGAAAGAAAACCUCUAUCAGCUAAUGAAAGACAGAAACAAACUGUUCCCUGAGUCAGUCAUCAGAAAUAUUAUGUAUCAAAUACUACAGGGGCUGGCAUUUAUCCACAAACAUGGCUUUUUUCACAGGGACAUGAAACCUGAGAAUUUGCUUUGCAUGGGUCCAGAGCUGGUGAAGAUUGCUGAUUUUGGACUUGCGAGAGAAUUAAGAUCACAGCCACCAUAUACUGACUAUGUGUCUACCAGAUGGUACCGUGCUCCUGAAGUUUUGCUAAGGUCUUCAGUGUACAGCUCUCCCAUUGACGUGUGGGCCGUGGGAAGUAUAAUGGCCGAGCUAUAUACGUUUAGACCGCUUUUCCCAGGGACCAGUGAAGUUGAUGAGAUCUUUAAAAUUUGCCAAGUGUUAGGGACUCCCAAGAAAAGUGACUGGCCGGAGGGGUACCAGCUGGCAUCCUCCAUGAACUUCCGCUUUCCCCAGUGCAUUCCUAUAAACCUGAAAACUCUCAUUCCCAAUGCCAGUAGUGAGGCUAUUCAGCUUAUGACAGAAAUGCUUAACUGGGAUCCAAAGAAACGGCCAACUGCAAGCCAGGCACUGAAGCACCCAUAUUUUCAAGUCGGUCAGGUAUUGGGCCCUUCUGCACACCAUCUGGAUGCAAAACAGACUUUGCACAAGCAGCUGCAGCCUCCAGAGCCAAAGCCAUCUUCCUCUGAACGGGAUCCUAAGCCUUUGCCAAACAUCCUUGAUCAGCCUGCCGGGCAGCCCCAGCCAAAACAGGGCCACCAACCACUGCAGGCCAUUCAGCCACCACAGAACACAGUGGUUCAGCCACCUCCAAAGCAGCAGGGUCACCAUAAGCAACCACAAACGAUGUUUCCAAGUAUCGUCAAAACCAUACCAACGAAUCCAGUCAGCACAGUAGGCCAUAAGGGGGCCCGGAGACGGUGGGGUCAGACAGUCUUCAAGUCUGGAGACAGCUGUGACAACAUCGAGGACUGCGACUUGGGAGCCUCCCACUCCAAGAAGCCGAGCAUGGAUGCCUUCAAGGAAAAAAAGAAGAAGGAGUCUCCAUUUCGGUUUCCAGAAGCAGGACUCCCAGUCUCCAACCACUUGAAGGGGGAAAAUAGAAAUUUACAUGCAUCCUUAAAAUCUGACACAAACUUGUCAACUGCUUCAACCGCUAAGCAGUACUAUUUGAAACAAUCAAGAUACCUUCCGGGUGUGAACCCCAAGAACGUGUCUUUGGUAGCUGGCGGCAAGGAUAUAAAUUCACACUCUUGGAAUAAUCAGCUAUUUCCUAAGUCUCUGGGAUCCAUGGGGGCGGACCUCGCUUUCAAGAGGAGUAACGCAGAAGACAGCAUAAUUAAACCGAUUGAAAGCCUAUCACGCACUGGGAAGUCCGCUGAGCAGCUAGAGGACCCACAAGGGAACCUUGGGAGCUACAGCGCUUACAGCCAGACGGGAUGCGUGCCUUCCUUUCUCAAGAAAGAAGUGGGAUCAGCUGGCCAGAGGAUCCACUUGGCGCCUCUGGGUGCGUCGGCUGCCGACUAUACCUGGAGCACAAAAACUGGCCAAGGCCAGUUUUCAGGACGAACUUACAAUCCCACAGCCAAAAAUCUCAAUAUUGUGAACCGCACACAGCCAGUUCCCUCGGUGCACGGGAGGACAGACUGGGUGGCUAAGUACGGAGGCCACCGGUAGGAGAAGUGGAAGCCUGAAGCAUUGCUCCGUAGAGGAUAAUCACGCCCCUUGAUCCUGGGAGACGUCUACAGAGUCUAUUUCUACCGAGUUCCACAGGACGCACACAACCGUGGGCGCCUCAGAGACCGGAAGUCAGCUCCCGAUUUCUUCCUUUUCCGGAAAUGCAAUGCAUUUUCUUAACUUGUGGCCAGCAGUGCUGAUGCAGCACCGUGCUGAAACUUUUGAGCGGGACUUUUAAAGAGUAUUGAAUAAAUUAUUUGCCAAAGUAUCAAGUAUUUGAUCUACCAAUUCCUAGAUAAAUACACAGGCUUUUAGAGCACUUCUCUGGGAAGUGAGUACAAAGGCUUCACUCCCGCCUGCUGUGUAGUAGCCUAGGUAAGCUAUUGAGGCCCCGGACCUGACUGAUUUGCCUCAGCUCUCUUUUCAUAGCGGCGAGGCAGGCUCCUGGGGCUGAGUUACUGGGCUGACCUGGCAGAGGGUCUAUCCUCCCACCUUGGCAAUGUCAGAGAGAUGGUAACUACCUUUCAGUUUUCUACAAUUGAAACGGUGAGGCCAGUCGGCGGGCACAUUUUAGAGAGAGAUCUUUCUUAAAAACAAACCUCUUUCCAACCUCUAUCAGAGUACACUGGUCUGGCUUUAGUACUGUGGUCGGACCUUGACCAAACUGUGAAUUCACAAUGACUCUAGCUCGGUGAGUUAGUUCCACAUUAAUCACACCAGGGUUCUCUUGUCAUCUCAUUGAGAUUGUCCUUGAAACCGCAUCUGAUGCUUGUCCAUCUGACCCUCCCAACUCCUGUUUCCCUGUAUUCCUACUGACACAGAGGGGAAGUGUGCCAGCAGGUCCUCAGGCAAACCCUGGCUGCUGCAGGUCACUGACAAGCCUCUGACCUUCACAUUAGAGCCAUGGGGCAAGCGCACCCAGUUGCCCUGGCAGAGUUUCAUAUGGUUCAUUGUUUCUACUUUUAUACCAAAUUGUUUUUUAAUAUUUUGAAGUUAGGACUACUUUAAACCUGCCACUCACUGGGCUGGGCAUGCUUAGUACUGUAUAUUCUUUUGAAAGAAUAAUGUUAUUACCUGCUGAUAUUUUUAUGUAUUUAUGGCUAUGUAACAGAUGCCGACAGAACUGGCAUCAUCUUGUGGGCACUGCCCAAAAGCACAUUAUCAAAUCAUAUAUUUUUGUAUAGAAGAUAUAGCUGCUCAUAUUUUACAUGUUUAAAAUGUUAAGACUUGAAAUAGUAAUUUAUCCUGAUGCAUAUGUGUAUUUGUACAACUUAAUUGUCUCGAAGCUAAUAAAAAUUCCUUGGUGUUUCUGAGAAACAUGAACUCUCUGAAUACAUAUAUGGUUAACUAGUACAUUUUUUCUAUCAUUAAACUUUCCAUUCAGUGGUCCA